AAACGGGGGCAUGCGCAAUGGUGGCUCAACGCCGGUGAAUCGCCAUCUGCAAGCGAUUCGUCUGCUUUUCACUGCUGAUAAAUAAAUCUGUGCAGGUUAUCGAAACUUGGUAAAAAAAAAAGUUGAAGUAACCCAAAUGCAUAAAGAAAACUACGUUUCUUGCGAUGUAUCCCUACCGCGUUGAAUAUUGUGCUACUAUCGAAUAGCUGCGGUAAAAUCACGUCUCCAUUGCGGGAGCGAACGAUAAAAAUAUAAGUGAAAACAUAAAAAUGACAAGUAUGGGUGAAGACGAGGUACAAAACCUCAAGGAAAAGGGAAAUGCGUGCGUGCGUCAACAAAAAUUCGAAGAGGCGAUGUUCCACUACACCCACGCCAUCAAAAUGGACCCACAAAAUUUUUCGUUGUACAGUAAUCGUUCUUACGUCUUUUUGAAGAUGCAACAGUACCACUUCGCAUUGGAAGAUGCUGUGAUGACCAUUCAACUGAAACCCGAUUGGACAAAGGGUUAUUAUCGAAAAGCUGAGGUAGAAUUUCACACGUUUCGGUUCAGCGAUGCUCUUCACUCGUAUAGAAAAGCACUGAGCUUGCAGCCUAACGACCCCAGCAUCCUCGAGGCAAUGAACAAAGCUUCCAGGUCAUUGAUCAAGGACCAACGAGCGGACCAACAAAUCCCGUGGCUCGGUGCAGGAAUCGGAAUAAUUUUAGGAGUCAUUGUCGUCAUUGCCGAUUACGUAUUUACGAAUAAACCAACAUUGACGCAUCCGUUGUUGAUGGCACUAUUAACGAUCUCGAUAGCCAUGCUCGGAUUUGCGAUCGCCAAGGGAUUCCGAUACUUCGUCAAAUGCCAAAGGAAAUCGCUCCUCGAGCCACCCAUCGACCUUUACGAAGGCUCAGCAACCGGCAAAACCGACGGUGAUCAGAGCGACAGCGAGAAAAGCGGCGGAGACAAGGAUAAACAUCCGAAAUACAGCAAAGCGCAGGCGCGACAAAGAUUUAAGAAAGGAAAAACGUAGCCCGAACAUUAUUAUUCUCUCAUCUCUUAAAAUUUUUCGACAUUCUUACUCGUGUUAAAAUAGACAAGUUCCAUCGUAUUUUUAACGCAAUUGUAAUAUUCAGCGGCCGCAGCUCUUUUGAGCUUGUCCCUCGUUUAUCGUCCGGCUCGACAGCGGGGAGUGACUGAAGAUUCUGUUUUUUUCGCCCUCACUUAAUUUCCCGGUCAAUUGACUCUUUCCAGUUCAAUUAAUUGUCGAACAAUCUUCGAAAGUGGGCCAACUAUUUGUGCCAUAGGACUCUUGCACUUAUCGUAAAUAUCCCGAACACACGUUCAAAUUCCAGUUUAUAAAGUUCAUGAAAAGAAUAUUAAAUAUAACAUAACUAUAAUACUUGAAAGAAAAACGAACAAUGAAUCGGUUGUUACAAGUGCAACGAAUAACUCGGUGCUACGAGCUUUUGUUCUCGUAAUCUUUUCCACCGCCUAAUAGAGUCUAACGCACUCGCGCGUGUUGGCCUAUCGGUUAACGAUUUGCUGAUUUUUCUCGUUCCAUGAGAUUGCGAAUCGGUAAAAAGUCACGUAAAUACGCGGGGAAUUUGUGCUGGAAGUACGAAGCAGAAUGGCGAGCCUCGAUUUUAUAUUUGUUCAAAAUUCUUGACAAAAUUCAACCGCGCAUCUCGACUGACUUAAACGAAUUGAAAGCGCUAAUUCUUAUUUUUUUCUUUACCGCAAUUCGCUGGGUCGUACGACCAACUUACACGCUCGUUUGCUGACAAAAUCACGCGAGGUAUCAUUUUGCACGGAAGUUCAAUACCGCCGUAUCGCGGCGGCCACAGCGAAUCUGUCGAACGUAUUUCCGGCUUUGGAAGAAGAUACGAGCGCGGCGUUUACACGAGCUCAUAAAUCGUAUAGCCGGAUUAGGAGCUGUAGAAGUUAAGCACGAAAUCAACAUAUUGUACGGGAACAAUGAAAAUUCAUUUAUAUCACGAAAAUAUCGACAUUUUGAGGAAUCCUUCACGGUUUUGGCAAUUGAGAGCACGAACAUUAAGAUUAAUAGUACCUGUAAACAUGUGAGCAGUGAAUCGUUAAUAAAAGAAGUAGAAAUCUUGAA